AUGACAAGAUGUUUACUUGGCAGACCAGCCAUAGAAGCUCUGCAAGUAAUCAAACACUGUGAGACAGUACACGAAGGUGCAAGUAAUCUGGUUGAGGUGGCUGAUGUGCAAGCUGAAUUCCCAAAUUUGUUUAAGGGCCUUGGAAAGAUGAAAGAAGGGUACACUAUCUGUCUGAAAUCAGAUACAAAGCCUUUUGCCCUGUCGACUCCCAGACGAAUACCUAUCCCUUUGAUGAAGAAAGUGGAGGAUGAACUGCUGAAAAUGCAAGUGGAGGGAGUAAUUUCGAAAGUAGAUCAACCCACUGAUUGGUGUUCAGGAAUGGUCAUUGUUCCUAAGUCUAAUGGUUGCGUGAGAGUUUGUGUUGAUAUGUCCAAACUCAAUGAGAGUGUAAAAAGAGGAAGAAUGGUAUUACCUUCAGUAGAACACACUCUAGCUCAGUUACAAGGAGCUCGCGUUUUCAGUAAGCUCGAUGCGAAUAGUGGCUUUUGGCAGAUUGCCAUUUGGUAUAACAUUGGCACCAGAGCUAUUCCAAAAACAAUGUCAGAGACACUCAACGGUUUGCCAGGAACUCUGUGCUUGAUGGAUGAUAUUCUUGUCUAUGGGAAAACACAAGCAGAACAUGAGCAACAUCUUCGGAAAGUCCUAGAUAGAGUACAACAAGCCGGUCUUACGCUUAACCAAGAGAAGUGUAUAAUUUCAACAAACACAGUGAAAUUCUUAGGUCAUGUCGUCGAUCAUACAGGUAUCAGAAGUGAUCCAGACAAAGUUAAUGCAAUUAAGGAGAUGCCAGAGCCGUCGACGCCUACAGAAGUCAGGAGAUUAUUAGGCAUGGUAAACCAACUGGGAAAGUUUCUCCCAAGAUUAGCUAAGGAAACAGAUCCAUUGAGAGCCUUGAUUACCUCCAAGUCAGAGUGGAUGUGGGGAGACAGUCAACAGCUUGCUUUUGAAACAAUGAAAGAAGAUCUGUCUCAACCACCAGUUUUAGCUUUAUAUUCUCCAACCAGACCAACAGCUGUGUCUGCAGAUGCGUCAGCAUAUGGUCUAGGAGCAGUUAUUCGACAGAACCAAGACAAUGGAGAAUGGAAACCAAUUGCAUACGCAUCAAGAGAGCAACAAGAUGCAGAUGAAACAAGCUACCAGCUGAAGCAAUUCUGCAGGAAUGGAUGGCCGCCCAAACAUAAGCUUAAAGGAGAUAUCAAGAAAUUCUGGGCAGUUUCAUCAGAACUGUCUGUGGAAGAUGGCCUAUUACUACGUGGUAGCCGACUGGUUAUCCCUACCUCAAUGCAAGCAGAGAUUCUGCAUAAGCUUCAUUUGGGACACCUUGGCAUUACCAAAUGUAGAGAGAGAGCAUGUUCAGCAGUUUGGUGGCCAGGAAUUACAUCACAAUUACAAGAUAAGAUUGAACAGUGUUCAAUAUGCAACAAACAACGUCCUAUACCAGUCGAACCCUUGUUGCCAACUGUUUUUCCUAGUCGAUUGUGGCAAACGUUGGGCACUGAUUUGUUUGAAUGGAGAGGGAAGUCUUUUCUACUAGUCGUGGAUUAUUAUUCCAGAUACCCUGAAGUCGUUUCCUUGUCAAGCACAUCUUCCAAAGAAGUAAUAGACAAGAUGAAAGCCAUGUUUGCUCGACACGGCAUACCAGAUGAGGUCAGAUCGGAUAAUGGUCCUCAGUAUGCCUCUGAUAUAUUCGCAAAGUUUGCAAAAAAGUACGACUUUGUGCACACAACGAGUAGUCCGAGAUAUCCCCAAUCGAAUGGAGAAGCUGAACGAAUGGUACAGACUAUGAAGAAACUACUAAUGAAGAGUGAUGAUCCUUACCAGGGAUUGUUGUCUUAUCGUUCAGCCCCUCUGUCAAAUGGAUAUUCUCCGGCAGAAUUACUAAUGGGUAGGCAACUGAGAAGUUUUGUCCCAACCACACUAGCUACUCUUUUACCUAAACGUGUCCCCUACAGAGAUAUACAAGUCAAAGAACAAGUUCAGAGACAGAAGACAAAGGAGAGAUUUGACAAACACCAUAGAGUCAAAGAAUUACCACCAUUAUCUCAAGGAGAAAAAGUUUGGAUUCCUGAUAGAACAGAGAGAGGGUCAAUUUUACAACAGUCUAAAACACCAAGAUCGUAUACAGUAGCAGCACCAUCAGAAGAAUUUCGUAGAAACAGAAGACACAUAGUCAGAGAUCAUCAACAAAAAGAACCAGUACCAGAAGACCAGAAGACUGAAAUGAAGAAAGAAGAACCAACAGAAAGUACAGUGCAACAUCCACCUUCAAUACAAGCAGGUCUAACAACAACAAGAAGUGGUCGAGCUGUCAAGCCACCGCAGAAACUAGACUUAUAG